GAACUUAAUCUGACAACCGCGCGUAUGAAUUUUCAAUUGAUAAAUUUUUUAUUAAAACUGCUACCGUACAAGCGACGUUUUUUUACCGGUUUAUAACUGCGCAUGCACUAAAGUUAUUGAUAUCUGAAUGAUAUCUUAUCGCUAAAUCAAUGUACAUGCUCGUUAUUUAAUCUAAAUGUUUAAACGUCACUAUUUAACAAUAUAUGUGCGUGUGGUCGAAAUAAUUAUAAAGCUGGAUUGUUUUUAAGCAUUGUUCUUUACGGAUAAUCGUAGAAAGUACAUGCAUCUUGUGCGGAUCACUCCCAAUCAGUGUUAUAUCCAUGGACGGAGCUCUGAGUGCUGAUUUUGUGAAAGGAUUUCAUUUCAAAAAUCGGUUGUACACCUUUUUCUCAAUAUCCAGUAUUUUCUGUGAAUUUUCUGGAUAGAUAUCGCGCGACGCCUUUAUAAUCUAUAAAGAAAUCGUACGAUAAAAUUUGUAUCGUAUCGGGGAAAAAAGAGUCAGGGGUCAGAGAAAGGUUGGCGAUUUGUGAAUGGAAUAGUUUUUGACUCGAUUAACUUAACUAAUAUGCUCUUCAGCGCUAAGGGUAAACAACGUCGUCUGACAUAACGAAAUCAACAAUACAAAGCAGACGACACUUUAAUGUUAUCUGACCGCGAAAGGAAAGACAGUUUUGUAAAGUAAUAGUUUUUCGGCUGCAUCGCCUGUAUCGAUUUCACUUUUGUGUUUUCGUGCUUGGAAUAAACCUGCCUUUUGAAGAACACUUUCUGGAGAAAGUUGUCGGGAAAAAAUGGAUUUUCGGUUUAAUUCUUGUGGAUUUUGGCUUUUGCUACAAAUGAUUUUCACAAUAACAUCAGUAAUUUAUGCCAAAGACUGUCGCACGUGCAAACCUGGUUAUUACGUUUCAAGACGUUGUACCGAGUACCAUGACACCGUUUGUAAGCCUUGCUCAAAAGGAACGUUUUCUUCUGUACAUAACGUGUUCAGAAAUUGUGCACCAUGUUCUAAAUGUGAUUUAGGAGAGUUUGUUUUAAAGCCGUGUUCUAAACAUAAAGACACUAUAUGUGAGUCGUGUUCAGCAGUCACUGACCUGAAAGAUGUGACAGAAAAAUUCCUAAAAGAUUGUUUACAAUAUCAAAGCGAUCAGCCAGCUAGAAGUCUUGAAGUUCCUGACAGUAACGGAGUAAAAUUACAUAACAGUGAAGAAUCAGUCACAGAAAAAGUUAAUGUUAUUUACGAAGGUUCUGGUGAAACUAUAGUUGAAGUGGUAAAUUCUGAUAAAAAUGCAACGGACGAAGAAGAAGGAAGUGGCGCUCUGCCUGUGAUAGAUGAAUCUGAUAAAAAUGUAACGUCCGUUAUACUACCGGAUGAAACGGAUGUUAAAGAAAUUGACGUGUCGCCUGUUACGGAGAAGACAACUACACAGAAAGUUGGAAUAAUAGUAACAGGCGGUGGAAUUAAAUUGGAGAAUGAUACACGUACACAAAAGACAAACAAUCUUUUUGCCUCAGCAUUGCCUAGUACAGAAAAGACUAUUACCAACGAAAACGGAGGAGGAAGUGUGAUCAUAGCGCCUAUAGAGAAUGUGGAUGUGUAUAUAGAGGACAUUCAAGAAGAUGCGACCGCUGAGUAUGAAUACGAUCACCAUCUGCCUCAAUCCGGAGCUAGCAAGCGUCAGGAAGACGAGUCAGGUGGUACCAGUAUCGGGGUCGUCGUAACGGUGGGUCUUGUCGCUGCUCUCGUGUUCUUCAUCCUAGGGUUCCUGGCGAGUAAAUUUUGGAACGGGCGACGAGAGAGAACAUUUAAUGUCGAAGAGGCUGAAAGAUUAAAUGGCAAACCGCCAGUCGAAUGCAGUGGUAUGGAAUACAAAGACUCGGAGGGCCGACCUCGAAACAAAGCCGGUAUCUACGAUGAAAUACCAGCGAACGCAAAAGUCAACGGCAGUGCAGCGGACCCUGAAAAGGGAUCAGACCCUGUUUACUCGAAACCAGUAAAACGGGAAACUGCGCAGACGACAGCAGCAGUGCCACCUACUGGGGAAAAUGUGAAACCAGUAAAAAAGAAUGGAGAGUGGGCGGGGUUCGGUAUCUCUCGUAACUCUUCAUCUGGAUCUCUGAUAUUACAACCACCGCCAGAAAGACCAGUUAGUGAAAUAAAGUACAUGGACGAAACGGAAGAUUCAGAAACUGAUCGACUUUUACAACCUACCGGAAGCGGAAGUGCUACUGGAAAUGCUACCGGAUCCGGAAGUGAUGUUUCAAAUACAUCGUCAAAAAGCGAAAAAUCGGAACCGAAAACAGAUGGUGAUAAUGAGAAAACUCCGAUGCUUUCAAAGGGACAUGGCAGUGAAAAAAGUUGAGAGUAAAAGACAAUUGAUGGUGUCAUAUGAAGUCAUGCAUGCGCACAUUCUCUUUUCCGGUAACUGUGGUGCUUUUACAGUAUUACACCAGACAGGCGACCCAUAUUCACUUGGUGCUUUAUUUUGUAAACGACGCAAAAUGAUUUUGUAGUAUAUGGAAUUAAUGAAUUUAAGUAACGCUUUACUACAUUAUGACAGUUUUCUUAUACAUUGUCUUUUAAGAAAAUAAUUUUGCAGUAUGAAAUCAAUUUUAAGCUAUUGGAAUCAUUUGAGUAGAUUUUACGUAGUGUGCUCUGCUAAAGAAAUCUUUUGUAUCUUCGAACUAACAGAAAGCCUGUCUAAUCCCAACUCGACCUUAUCAGUCAGAGAUAUGAAGAAAAUGCAUUUUUUCCCAGAAAUUGCUUUCAAAUGGGACGUUGGUUUAAGCAUGUUGCCUUAAAAGGACUGAUACCUGUCUCCCUAUUAUUCCUAGGCAAAAAAUACCUUUAUUUAACAUCCAAGUUCUAACAUUAUUAAAGAUUUAACAUGUUUUAAUAAAAUGGGCAUUGUGUAUAUAAUCUGCUAGUUGAAUGUGGAAGGUAUGCCAGCAUUUUUUGUUUAUUUGUUUCAGUAUUUAUAUAUGUACCCAAACAAAUGCUGAAGUUUUAUAUAUGAUACAGGCUUGUGGUAUUUCCGACGUGAUUCUAUGCCGUGAAAGGUCAAACUGGUUUAGACAACAUGCCCAGAACUUAACCCAAACAGUUAUGUUAAAGCCAUAAAUGAAGCUCAAUAACUAAAAUACAGUCUAUUUUAUUUCAUAAAAUAAAUCUCUACAACUAUAUGUUGUACUUUAGUGCAGCGGAUCAAUUGUCUUCAUCGAAUAUUCAGCUCAGAAUAAACUCAAAUAUAUUGAUGUAGACAAAUCUUACAUCAGACUCUCAUUUAUGAUACGUAGGUCACGCACUAGUCAUGUAUCCAGUUGACUGAGAAUAGUAAUCUGGAAGAAAAACUGUAUAUAGUGCCUAUUUCAUUUUGUUAAAAAGUCACCAUGACACAGAGAUGAAGAUUUUGUACGUGUCCAAAUGCGUGUAGGAUGGCUGACUGAUCCGAAUUAAAAACGCAACGUGAAUAAAUUCAGAAGAUUAUUUUCCCUGAAAGAUGUGUCUUAUAUAUAUGCAUAACGAAUGAGGGUAUCAUGGUUGUGAUUCUUCUGUACUGCAUAAGUGUGAUUUCCGCUUGUGAAAUUCAUAUUCGGAUAAAUGUUAUUCGGAUAUGCUUAAGUUUCAAAAUUAGUAUUUUUUCGAUAUGUAAUUUACACAUUGAUAAAGUACGGGUGAAACGAAUUUCUGGAGUUAAAAGCCAAACUAUCUUACAGUAUUGUGAAAACUGUCGAAAUCUUCUGUCAUUGCGUAAAUGCCAAACUACACGUACUUGCACAUGUUUGAAAUAUCCGCCCAUCCCCUUUGUAGAUACCGACAAUGCAUUGAAUAACACAUUACAUGUGUAUUGUAUUUCUCAAUAAUUGUGUUCAUUUUACGAUAAUGUAAGAGUUUCAUUGAAGUGUUUGCUAGUUAGUUAAACAUGUUAUUUUUCUGUUUAAUGACAAUGUGGUAUAACCACAAAUAUCUUGUCAUAUGGUAUAACUAACAUUAAUGUAGCGGGCUCGUAAUGAUCGGCAACUUCCGUCCAAUUACGUUUUCUCCGUAUGCGAUUUCGGCAUUCCUCGGGCUUAACCGGAAAUUUUCUUCAUAACAACCACAGCAAUGCCGAAAUCGUAUAUUGGGACUAAGUACAAACUCCCUGCAGCGAUUACUCACCCUUAAGGUACAUAGUGAAUGCAAAGGAAGGAGCUUGGACUACGUAAACGAACGGAAAUUAUCGGAAAUGACCGAUUGACAUUUCGGGUCCCCAGAUGAUUGGAGGGCGCUGUAUUAUCAUUAUGGAUUAAGCAGCUUUCUAUAUAAUUUUUUCAGUAAGCCUUUGGUCUCUAAAUUUCAGUAUAUAAAUCUAUUCAUUAGUUCCCUACUGGUUGAAAACUAGUUUCGGGGACUAUAGAAUUGCGCUUUUCCGUCCGUCAUUCCGUCCGUCCGUCCGUCCGCACUUUCAUGUCCGGUCAAUAAUUCUGUUAUUCGUCAAGGGAUUUUAAUAUUACUUUGCACAAAUGUUCCUCAUGAUGAGACGACAUAUUGUGCACAAAACUCGGACCCCUGUCUCAAAGGUCAAGGUCACACUUGGAGGUCUAAGGUCAAGAGAGCUUUUAAGUCUGUAACUCAACAAUCCGUAAAGGGAAUUUGAUAUUACCUGACACAAAUGUUCCCAAUAAUAAGAUGAUAUGUCAUGGGCAAAACCAGAUCCCUAUCUUAAAGGCCAAGGUCACACUUAAAGGUCAAAAGUCAAUAGGGUUUUCUGUCCGGUUCAUAAUUCGUCCAUUUAGUGAUUUUAAUAUUACUUGACACACUUAUUCCCCGUAAUUAAACAACAUGUUUUGCGCAAAACACAUAGCCCGCCCGCUUAGCUUAAUAGGGAGAGUGCAGAUCUACGGGUCGCGGGGUCGAUAGUUUGAUCCCCGGGAGGGGCGUAUGUUCUCCUUGACGAUUUGAUAAAAGACAUUGUGUCUGAAAUCAUUCGUCGUCCACAUCUGCUUCAUGUGGGAAAGUAAGCAGAACAGGUUUUGUACAGGUACAGAAUCCAGGAACCGCCCUUGCUUUAAUAAACUGAAAUACUGUUGAAAAACGACGUUAAACCAAAAACAAACAAAACAAAUAUAUCAUUAAUACAUCACUUCUCCGACCCGCCGGUGAGUGCACGUCUCGAGAAGGCACAGGGCAUUGACAGAACUAGGUUAUGAUUAUAAUGGCCUUUUUCUGUCAGUGUCCUGACUGAAGCCGGCGGGAGCCCAUUUUUGGCCACUUUUGGCUUCAAAAUUAUUUGGAGUAUGCAAACAUGCAUACAUCAUUGACAGAUAUCAGAUCAUUAUGUUAUAAGUUGCCUUCCAGUAGGGGACUUUGUAUUGCAAGACAAUACUUCAUUCACUUGUUAAGACUGGAUCUUAAGACUAAAACACGUAUUUCUAAUCAUUUUUAAUGUUGUUCAAGCCUUAGGACUCUUAUAUAUUUAAUAAACCAUUCAUUAUUAAGGAACAGAGGCAAUAAAUUAUGCAUGCAUCCUUUGUAAUUUUCAUUUUUUCUCAAAGUUUAAGCACCCCUCCAGAAAAUGACACCAACCAACAAUUUUAAAGAACAGUCUAACACUGAAACAUUUUCAUUGGUCGCUUUAAUGCGAUAUUUCUAUUGGUUGAUUUCAAGAUUCUGCUGAGAUUCAGCCAAUCAGAUAGUUAGUUUUAUAAACCGGACUGGCGUUUCUCAGAAAGAGGGCGCGAAAGUUAAUUCAAAUAAGCUUCGUAUUAAAAAAAAUACACAGAUGUUAUUAGUCAUAAGACACUAGUCAUGAUUUUAGUAUUCAAGAAGAAAUAAUGGUUGUUUAGUAAUUAUAAUCAUAUGUCAUUUUUAACAGGAAACAUGUAAAUAUAUUUAGACAUAAAAUAUUAAUUGUUCUUUAAGAGGCUCUGCAUUAACAUUUUGUAAGCGUCUAGGUGAAGAGUGCUGUGAAGAUGGGAUAGAUCACUGUAUAUUUUCCAUCACAUUUGUGUAUUGAUAAAGAAACUGUUUCACAUCAUUGUCAUAAUUUGGUAUAUCAUAAUUUGACGUUCAUCAUCAGGAUGUCAUUUAACGCCAGUGAUUUUUGUUUAACUUAGUCUUUACCUCUUUUGUCAUUUUAAUAUUUUAAUUGUCUCACUUGUCUCAACGUUUUAUAAAAAAAUAAUUUUGUUUUUCAAUAUUAUCUAUGACUUGGUCAGCUUUUUCGUGAUACGAAAAUAAAGGUGUGAAAUAGCAUUUAAUUAAGCUAAUGAACCCGUAAUAAGACUCGGCAAUUUCCGUGUGAUGACGUUAUCUCGUUAGUUCAUUCGGGAGUCUUCGGACAAAUUAGUAGUUCACCGCGCAAAUGGAUUUCCGCUAAAAAAGAAAAACGGAGAAUGCCGAAUAAACAUUCUAAGAAUACGGAAUUUGCCGAUUGUUAUUACGGAGUUGAUCUGAAAACAUGAACCUCUGACAAGAUUUAUUUAUGAAACAACGCUAUAUCAUUAGCAUGACUGUAUAUGAGAAAAAAAUGACUUGUUUACUUGUUUACUUUUCAUGUAGUCAUACUUCGCAUGCAUAUAUAUCAUACUUAGUUUUUUCAUUCUAGGUCAUACUUUUUACAUUUGGUUUGUAAAUGUUAUGAAAUUUAUUUAUAUUGAGGUAUGAACAGUUCGUGUAGUGAGUUUUACUCUUGCAUUGAAAUUUUGUUGCUAUUUUUUUCAUGUUUAUUUAUAUGCCCAAGAACAUUUUAAAGAUAUGAUACUAUAAAUGCAGAUUUAAACAUGCGUAUUGAUUUAACAUUUGAUUUGUGAUUGUAAAAUAUUGUAUAUACUUCAGAUCAAUGAGUCAUUUAGUUUUUGCUUAAGCAAACAAAUGUUUUCGUGUGCAUUAUUUGCAAAUGGAAUCUAACCCUUAUCAUGCUGAACAUGAUGGAUUCUGCCUUUGCGACCAGUGCAGAUCAUGAUCAGCCUGAACAUCCGUGCAGUCUGAUCAUGAUCUGCACUGUUCGCAAGUUAGUCAGUAACUUUUUGGUAUUCGCCCCUAUUAACAAUUAAUGGUACUGUCCAAAUUGAAAGAUGGACAAGUUCAUUAUAGAAAUUUAGCAGGGUAAGGGUUAACAGGUGAUGAAAAUGAUAGUGUAUGUCUCAUAAUCUGCCAUAAUAUCAUAUUUCCCGAUUGUUCAAGGUUGAAUGAAUCAAAAUGUAUGAAUAUGAUUGUAUCUGAUAGAGUGAUCACGUAUUUGUUCUGUAAAUACUUAAAAAUAAGUUAUUCAGAUGAAGAGAA